CUGCAGCCCCAGUGUCGCCGCCGCCAUGGCCUCGCAGCAGCUCUUCCGCGCGCUCGUGUCGGCGCAGUGGGUGGCCGAAGCGCUCCGGGCCCCGCGGGCCGGGCAGCCCCUGCAGCUGCUCGACGCCUCCUGGUACCUGCCCAAGCUGGGCCGCGAUGCACACCGCGAGUUCGAGGAGCGUCACAUCCCGGGCUCCGCCUUCUUUGACAUCGACCAGUGCAGCGACCGCACGUCGCCCUACGACCACAUGCUGCCCAGGGCUGCGCACUUUGCCGAGUACGCGGGCCGUCUGGGCGUGAGCGGCUCUACCCACGUCGUGGUCUACGACGCCAGCGAUCAGGGCCUCUACUCGGCGCCGCGUGUCUGGUGGAUGUUCCGCGCCUUCGGCCACCGCACCGUGUCGGUACUCGAUGGCGGCCUCCGCAACUGGUUGCGCCAGGGCCUCCCGCUGAGUGCGGGCAAGAGCCGCCCGGAGCCCGCAGAGUUCCACGCGGUGCUGGACCCCGCCUACGUCAAGACGUACGAGGACAUCAAGGAGAACCUCGAAUCCCGGCGCUUCCAGGUGGUGGACGCCCGCGCCGCUGGCCGCUUCCGGGGCACCGAGCCCGAGCCCCGAGAAGGUAACCCCGAUGUGCGAGGGGCCCGGGAGUUCCCUGAGCACUGCCCUCGCCUCGCCCUUGCCUUUAGAGGCCACCGCGUGGGGUGGGGGCCGAGAAUUGGUUUCUAG